UCUCAUGUUACUGGCUUACUUACACUUCACUUAACUUACCACGCGCUCCGAAGUUUGUUAUCGCAAGAAAUUCAGAAAUGUCGAACGAUUUACUAGGGAAAAUUGCCGAGAUUGAUAAAGACGUCGCAGAUAGUUUAAAGGAGGGUGGCCUCACAAAUGAAGAUGUCAAGGAACUGUGUUAUGAUGCAUUAAAGGAAAUUAUUCCUGGCGAUGGUAUGAAAUUGAUUUUACUGCGGUCACGCAUCUGGAAAGUAAUAUCUCAGGAAACUGAGAAAGCACCAACUGAUAAAUCUCAUCCAACAACAAAGGCUUUGGUCGAAAAGCGAAAAAUUGAUAUGGCAGUCUGUGUGGAUAAUCAUAUUGACUUGUCAGAAGAUGAUACUUUCUCAUCAUCAUCAACAGAUGAUAAGGGCCUUACAAAAGCCGGGCCUUCAACAAAAAGAGCAAAGCCUACUCCAGCAACCCCACCAGCAACAUUUCAAGUGAAAUCCCCAGUCUUCACUAUAUACCGUGACAGACGGGUUGACUUGGCUGUGGAAAGUGGUAGUAUACCAGAACAUUUGGUCCAUGACAUUGUGCGGGGAACAGUCAGCAACAUGAUAUCCAUGACCUUGUGUGACCCAUGGAAUCGAUUGCCCACUACAAUGGAGCUGAAGGAAAUGGCAAAAAGUCUUGUUGUGACGUAUCCAUUGCUAUCUGAUCCAGUGAAUGGCCAUGAACGUUUAUUUAACCGCCUGAAGAAGAGAAUGUAUAACAAGAAGACAGUUGAGAACAAGCGGGGGCCCAAUAAGAAAAAAGCCAGCAACAAGAUAACCAGUUAUAUUAAAACCACUGAAUGUCCAGAAGACCAGCAAUCCAACGAUGUAGAUCCAAUCAUGACUGAUAUUAGCACUGGUGAACAGCAGAGCAAUGCUGAAGCUGGAAGUAGCAACAGUUCAGAGUCAUCUGUCAGUGGCAUGGAUGAUAUGAUUAUGGGCAGAUUAUACAAUUCUUUGUCAAAAGAGAUGCAAAAAAGCAAGCCAUCGCCCAAUGUAAUUAAUUCAUACUUAAACCAAGAGUUUAAAUCAAGACGAGCCCGUAUCAAGAAAAUGCCAGCAACAGAAAGAUGCUCAAGAUUGUUUGAGCUGUAUCCAUGCUUUAAAAACCCUGUAGAGAUUACUGAAGAGGUGCGCCGGAUUAAUGAAAAAGCUGUCAAUAAUGAUCCCAAAAAAUUUAUGAAUGAAUGUGUCAUGAGAUUGGAAGAAGAGCUGGAUGUAAUGUUAUAUUUUGGUUGCUCAAAGCAAAGGAUGGAGCUCCCUAAAAAACCUGGAAAGGUUUCCAAAGUUGUACAGCUUAUGAAGAAUUAG